UAUCUGGCGUGGAUUAUGGGAAAUUAACUUUAUGUUAUCGAUUAGUGCUGUGAAGGCUUGGCACCAAAAGGUGGAAAUUAAAAGUUUCCUAUUAGAGCUAGAAAUUCUGUGAGUGUAAAAACAAAAAAAGGACAUGGAGGGGUCUAAUGCACCACAGUUGUCCUGUCCAAAACAACAGAAUGGUUCCGUUGGUUUACCGUCAACGGUGGACGAGCAAAAGCCAUUAAAGAUGUACAAUCCAUCCAGCAUACCUGACGCUUUAGAAGACGACGCCGUGAGCACUAAACAUACCAAGCCAGAGAUUCUCAUCAAACAGGAGAUCAAACAAGAGCUUCAAGAUAUUCCAGUACAGGAGGACGGCCUGCCACCUAUUCCACCGUACAAUGUUAUGACCGAGGCCAUCCAACAGGGUCACGAACGAUUGACGGACAAUCGGGACCAUCCAUUCGAUGUUUUUGGACGUUAUGUUGCUUUUCUACUCCAUAGAAUGCCAUACGAGAAAGCUGUUCGUGCACAGCAAGAAAUGCUGAAUUGCGUCGUGCGAGCUAAGCAAGGUACGCACAUGGAGAACGGUACAGCUUCUGAGGAUAUUUCAGACACCGCAUCAUCUGAGGAAAUCGACGAUGCUAUGGAUAUUAAAUCGGAAUCGUCAAUAUCGUUGUACGGCGAUUGA